AUGUACAAGUACUACAUUCACACAGAGGACACCGCAGCCAAACAGAUUGCGAAAUGGUAUGUUGCUACGAUCCUAGUGGGAAGUAUUUGCUGGUUCUGUGACCGUGUUUUCUGCAAGACGAUAUCCCAGUGGCCUGUGAAUCCUCAGGGACAUGCUCUGUGGCAUGUCUUCAUGAGUUUCAACUCUUACUGUGCAAACACAUUCUUGAUGUUCUGUCGAGCUCAGCAACGUGGAUGGAACCCAAAGGUAAAAUACUUUCUGGGUGUUCUUCCUUAUGUCAAGAUGGAGAAGCCAAAAGCACAAUGA